UACACACACACACCCGCUCAAUGCCGCUCUACAUCAAGUCAGUUCGUGAUUGUCGCUCGAGGAGAACAUAACGGUUAGAACGCCGGUCGGUCGCCAGGUGGUGGGAAUAUAUAUGUCCAGAUCCAGAGCAGCAACAACAAUCAGUGGGGUUAUGUGCGGCGUUUUCCAGCACUUCAACGAUUGGUCUGGCAACUCCGACAACUUGUAAACAAUACCAGCUGAUUGGCGAGAAACAACAAAAAAGAUGGCUGCUGCACUUCCAGAUCGCUUUAGUGCGGGCAAAAGACAGUUCUGGCGUGAGUUUUUGGCCUUAUAUCAGGGAAUGCCGGAGCUGUGGGACGUCCACCAUGUCAACUACCGGAACAAGGAGCUGCGAAAUCGGGCCUACGAGUGUCUGGAGAGGAAGCUCCGGGAGAUCCAGCCGAAUGCCACGCGCACCGAAGUGGGCAGGCGCAUCAACAUAUUUCGCACCAAUUACAGGCGGGAGCAGAUGCGAAUCCUCAAGCAGAAGGAGCUGGGACUGCACUCUGACCUCUGCAAGCCCACCCUCUGGUUCUACGACUACAUGGGCUUCCUUCUGACCCAGGAGACCUUCCAGCACAGGACCAGAAAAGGUCGAGGGGGCAGACAGAAGCCGGUGUUCAGGCAUGAAAAGGACGAUAAAUACAACUCGAAAAACGAAGAUCUCAACACGGACAGCGUUUGUGAUUGGCCUAUGAAAGAUGACAGCGCUGUGAACCACCCACCCGAAGCAACUGUCCCACAAUCCGAAGAGGGUUCCCUGCUCAGCCCCAAAGUGGAGAUAUUUGAGGCAGAGGAAGGGCCCCCAAUGAAUGGAAUCGAGCAUACUGAAGUCAAGGAGGAAGAGUGUGCUGUAGAUUCAUUGGAUACUAGAGAACCCGCCAGAUCACCACAAAUGGAGCCCGAAAACGAACGUGGAACUGCAAACACCGUUCUCAGCGAAGCCUCCGAAGUGCUGGCCAGAUCCUGGGCCAUACAGUACGAGGAAAUGGAGCCCACGCAACGCAUCCUGGCCAGAAAGGCCAUCGCGGACAUCCUGUUCGAAGGAUGCAUGGGUAACUUGCGAAUAAACCGCGGCGAUCUGCGGAGCACCGUGGAAAAUAAUCUCUAAUCUUUGAUUCACUAGUAUUGAGUGUACUCCUGCAUUUGUUACAUUGCGAUUAAUGGGUAAAAUGAAGUCAAGUACUGAAAACCCAGA